CGGACACCACUGCUGCUGCUGCUGCUGCAUGUUCAAGGCUACAAUUAAAACCUCCCUCCAAAAAAGCCCGCAUGUGGUUUCCUCCCUCCUGCUCCCUUCUGCACCGCAAUGAAGGAAUUUCUCCGUUUGUUCUCAAGUCUCACUUCAUCAUGAGGUCUCCGCUGACUUUCCCCCAAGACGACUGAAGCUCAGAGGGACCCGGACCUGUCGAUUCUUACCGGCAACUCCUGCAGCUACAUCACCCUAAAGCAAAAAAAAAAAGGAAGACACUGAAACAGCUCCACUUUUUUUUUAAAAUUUUGAUCCAGACGGGACUGCGAGCAGCUUUAGGCUGAAACAUGGAUAAUAACGCUGCAAAUUCGGAGAAAUCUCACCUGGUGCACGAGAAGAGUGCCAAAAUGUAUUCUUUAAAGCUGCAAAGGUGGGAACAUGUUUCAUUUUGCUGCAGAUGCAUGGAGAAGAAUGCUGCAUGAAGUUAUGUGCACAUGUUAAAUUUGGCAUGCAUGGGAUUAAUAAAGGGAAAAUAUCAUUUCAUGUUUAAAGUUUAAAGAAAGUAGCAAAUAAAAAAGCAAAAUGUUUACACGUCGGGGCUUUUUCUUGGAGAAUCCGUAUGUUCGGGUGUUAAAGUGGACACUUCACAUGCUGAUUUCUGCAGGUCUCAUCCCAUGUCGUGUCGUGUCAGUGUGUGUGAUGUGAAGCUUGGUGUGUAACGUCCACGGUGGGAGCAGUUGUUACCGUGGUGCAUGUUAAGCAGGCUGCUGCUCUUGCAGGCUGUUUUAUGUGAAUGAACAAAUUCAUUUCCAUGCUUGGCUUGUUUCUGGACAGCCUGUGACAAAUGGCCCCGGGGCCAGUUCACUGAGCAAUGCUAAAAACUCAUCAUCUGUCAUUAGAGAGGCAGGAAGCAGCAGCUCUGCGCACGGGAAAGCUGCGUGGACGGAAAUCAGCGGGAUUUAGAACACGGUAAAUACACGGAGGGGUGAAAACCUGCAAGAGGGGGCGACACAUAUGGACCCGGGGAGAUUUAUCAGCUUUGGUGUAUUUUAGAUUUAAAAAAAAAAUAUGUUACUAAGAAAUAGUUUUAAAUAAAAAUGACCUUUUAAUGCAAAUAUUAUUUAAAGACAAAAGUUGAGGCUCAAGGAAAGCAGAUUGAAUGUCGAACUUGGCGCAAAGAUGUGCAAACCAGUCUCAGGGGAUUUAUUUAGAGAACUAAGAGCAGGUUUUAAAUAAUACUGACUGGCUUGUGCAGAUAAAAUUAUAAUAACUGUAAAAAGGCCGGAAAGUUUGAAGAGAAAAUCAAAUCAAGAUUUGGUUUUGGUUUUGGGGAAAAUUUCAGUCGUUGCGCCACGACAUGACGCAGAAAAAUGCCUUUUCCACCUGCGUGAAUGAGAGGAAAAUCUGCAACAGAUGUCCAGGCUUUAUUUAUUUAUUUAUUUACUUUUGUUGCAGAAAUAUGUUUUUCUGUGAAGAAAUUUUAAUACCAUCAGGAUCGACCAUUGUGCGUAAAAUAAAAAUUGUAUGGAUGUCAUAGCUUCUUCAUCUCUGUCUCCAUCGUGAGUUUUAGGCCUCUUGAUGCCUAUCUUCAAUCAAUAACUUUAACCGGAUCUAAAAGUUGACUCGAUCCCUCUGACUCACUCCCUGACACCUGUGCGUCAGCUGCUCUCACCUUUCCUCCUCCUCCUCACUUCAAGGAUUUAACUGGACUUUACGUUUUUUUACGCAGGAAGGAGAAAAGCUGCAGACUAAUAAAACAUGUCCUUCAAAGAACCAUUCUAAAGAGUCCCAGUCAUGCAGAUUAAAAAUCCCCCCAAAAAUCAAAGAAAUUAUUAUUAGAUUUGGUGUGUGCAGGUGCUGCUGUGUGUUGACUUCUGCUUGUGUAUGUGCGUGGGGGGGAGAGUAAUGCAUAUGGCACCACAUCUGAGAUUUCAUGCACCAUUUGCUGCACUCCUGUGUGAAUGUGUUUGAGUGUGUCAUCUCAGCGUUUUCCCCAGCUGGCAACAAAGUGGUGUAUGAGGAAGUGACCUCAUCUUUUGUUCUUGUUUAGGCCCAAAUAUUUAAGAUUUUAAUACAAUAACGGAGAAAAUGCAGAUCUGUGAAAUUAAUAUGCAGAACCUGCAGAAUCAGCACGUUUUAAAAGUCUGUAUUCAUGGGAAAUAAAUCGUUUUUCAAUGCUUUGAAAGAUCAUUAGCUAUAUCUCUGGUUACUGCAGAUGCUUAUUAGCAAUUAGUUCAGGCUUGUUUAAAUGAGGGAUAAAACAGGGGAGCUGACUAAUUCACUGGUUAAUCCAUUUAACAAGUAACAGGCCUCAAAAGCAGAGUUUGUUUCAUAAAUGUGAGAAUUUAUUUGCUGUUACCCCCCAAAAAAGGAAAAAAUACAAAUAAGAAAUUUUACCAUUAAAUCCCAGUAUUUGCAGACAGACCUCAUUCAUAGACAGAUAUUGAUUAGGUGAUCAAUGAGCCAUAAAAAAGCAGAUUUCAGCUUCUAAAGUGGUCAAAAUCAGCAGGCAGAUAUAUAAUGGACUACUGGAGAGCAUGCCAAGACACACAGAAGCUUAGUUCUGUGAAAAGAAAAAAAAAUUAAAUUAGAGAAAUUAUGGUGGAGUAUUGGGGCCAAAGAUGAGAUGAGAAAAAAAUAACAGAUUUUUUUUUCAGUUUGUACUCAGAGAAAAAUAAAGUCAAAAUGUUUACAAAUUAGGUUAAAAUAGCAUGUUGAGAAGAAGCAGGAUUCAGGGGCCAAACAAGUAGGGGGCUAUUGGUAGCAGGAGCCAAAACCCUGGACAAAGGGCAACAUCUGGAUGGCAAAAUAAAGGGUUUGCACCAGUGGAGUUUAAGAUGAGAGAUAAAAUGAGAUCAAUGCAAUUUUUUAAAAUAGUUCACUUAAAGAAAAAGCCAAAAUGUUGAUUAAAAUACCUUAAUUGUCUUCAUAAGGUAUUAAUUAAGGUUUACCUCACUGAAGGUUCUGUGCUCCCUUUUUUUGUAGUAGGCCUAAAGAAAGUACGUCUACAGUAUUUCACCAACUUCAAAAAUAGUCAUACUAUCUUAAAAACAGAUAAUUUCCACAACUUCAUAUAAAAAGGUAAGAUUACUCCCUAAACUAUUAAAAUAACUUGUACUCCAAGUGAUCAACUUUGUUAAAGGUUAAUGAUGGACAAACACUGGAAAGGCCACAGCUUCAUAAUUACGAGGAAGGCUGUGAAAGGUCUAUUAUUAUUAUUUCUCAUGUCAUGCUGAUAUCUAACAUAGAGAACCAUGUGUUUCUUGUGUCAGGAAGUCUUUUUAAAAAACAAAACAAAACAAAAAAAAAACAGAAUCACAUGUAAAUUUGUAAAUUUGAUCAAGUAUUUGUGAAAUCUGCUAUGUUCAGAAGGGAGGUCAUAUUACAUAACUCAAACAAAUAAUAAAUAACAGCAACAAAUAGCCAUAGAACGCAUCUGAUAACACUAUCUAUCUAUCUAUCUAUCUAUCUAUCUAUCUAUCUAUCUAUCUAUCUAUCUAUCUAUCUAUCUAUCGCACAUAGUUUAUAAACUAACUGUUCAAAUGUACAGUAAAAUAGUGGAAAUCAAAAUUUUUUUUUACAAUAAUAACAGUAUCUUUACAGUUUUUUAUGUGAAAAUGACCACCCUUUGGCAAUCCCAGUAUUAAAAUUAAAUAAUUUAUCAAUACCUGUUAUACUAAUCAAUCUAUUGGUAUGUUAAAGCUCCUAUAAAGAGUUUUUAGGUAGUAAAGAAAUACACUGAAAUUAAUACUGAUGCUUCUUCAGGGCCAAAAAAAAAAGACCAUCAGUAUAAUAAAUUGAUAAUCUCUAUGUCAGUACUUUUAGGAUCUAAAGCUGUGGGUGUGGGGCAGAGGUCACACAAAGUAAUUGACUCCACUCAGCUAAAACAGCGUUUUUAAAUUUUCCACAGCAAAGAUUCUCAAUAACUACUUCCUAUAAUGGUUAAAAUGCGACAGGAUCAGUUUUUUUGUUUUUUUUUUGUUAAAAAAUGCACAGGACAGAAAUGUCAACCCAAAAAGGACAAAUCCAGCAAAAACAGAAGAUACCCCUCUGUCCACAGGGGGGCGCUAAACUCAACAAACUGAAAGUUGCUCACAAGAGCUUUAAAAUGAAUGCUUUUUAAAAUUAAAAAACUUUACGACCUAUAAUAACAAAGGAGACAUUACAAAUAAAUACGACUAUUUCUGUUUAUGCCUAAAUGCCUAAAACUUCUGGUUCAGUUUGGCAAUACGAUGAAAUGUACUAGUUUGUCCACGGGGGCACCAAACUCUACUACAGUGUAAAAUCCUGACAGGAGCUUUUUUUUAGUGUGGCUGAUACUCAAACUACUCGUUAUAACAAUCUGACACAUUACGAUAUGCUCUUUGAAAAGUUUUGUUAAAGCUGUCAGAAAAUGACUUAUUUUGACACAAAUAUUAUUAAAAAAGAUGAACUUAGCUUAUUAUAUGAAAAGUGAGGAAAAAUAUCAAUCAUGAAAAAGCUUUUGAGCUCAAUGUUCUACACACAGGAAACCAACAAAUUCCCUCGACUAACACUGUCCCCUAAUUCAUGACUGACUCUUUAUGAUGUCUCUCGGCUGUAUUUACCAAACCCUUUUUGUAGGGUCAUUUACUCACUGGUAAUUGUGAUAUUUCUGGCUGCACAUGAAGGCAGCAUAAUUGGUUGAGUGUUAAUGGGAGUCUGGCAGGAGAUGCUGGGGCUGUCACUGCUGCUGCAGCAGCUUCCAGAAAACUCCAGAUAAAGACCAGUGAAGCCAGUCUGGAUUUUCAUGGGUUUUGGUCAGCUGCCUGGUCUCUUGGAGCCCUUGAUGUGUAUCCCUCAGAAAAAGGGAGACUUAAUGGCCCUCUUGACUUCAAAUUAAAGGUCAAAUAAUGGUUUAUCUAUCAGAACGAUUGGAAAAGAACCUUUGCUUGAAAAAGUGAUUCAGCACAUUCACACAGCUGCUGCUUUUUAGUAGAGUCUCACACAGAGUGGCUGUUAUUCUAUUGUUGUACUGCAGUAACUUAAGUUUUAAUUAAUGUAAAUAUAAGGCAUCUGCUACAUCCUGAGUAAUCACCAGUUAAAGGUAAACAAUCUCUGGCCUUAGCUUCCUUUUAAAGUUAGAUUAGCAACUUGAAAAUUGACAAUUAAUUUGAAUUUGAGAGAAGGUCAACGUGCAGAUUGUACUAGUAUGCAAACUCUGAUAAAAGAUACUAAUCAAAGCUCCUGUGAGGAGUUUCUUAAACAUAUAUGAACUUGACUAAAAUUCACAUUAAUGCCUUUUCAGUGCAUCCAAAAGCAAGCAAGACCAUUUGCGUUCAAGUGACAAAUUUUGUAUUGUAAUUUUUGACAACGGAAACUGGUGUGAGGGGGGAAGGAGCUAGAUAAAUGGCCCUAAAAUUUCUACAUGAAAUAUUCCCAACAAAUGACAUGGCUCAGGCAUAUUGAGGAUUAGACAAGCAAAGCCAGGGUUGUCCACAGGGGGCGCCAAAAUUGGCACAAACCAGAAAGUUCCUCACAGAAGCUUUAAAGCUCAAAUGUUAUAAGAUUUUGCUGAUUUGCUUUAAGAAUGUAACAUGUUCUGCCUCUUGUAGUCUCCGGAUGGACUGUUUUCUUUGUAAUCAUGUCAACCCCACAAGCUCAAGUAAUCAGGAUGCUCAUGUAAGAGGUUUUGGUCACAAUGAUAAUAGUCAUGCUAAUAUCUAACAAAGCUUAAAGGACAGUAAACAAAAACAGAAAGCAUACUGUAGUUCAAGAGUGUCUUUGAAGGAUCCUUAAAAAAAAAAAAAAAAAAACUUAUGCUGGUGUCUGUCCUUAUUUUGGCUCUGUUUGGCCUUGCCCUGAAAUGCUACAUUUAGCUGCUUUCAAGUAAUGCUGUUAGACACAGCUUGUGAGUGUACCUUUUUACACAGAUUUGUGAUCAUGAAUUAACCUCAGAAUUAUGUCUACAGAAAAUGUCUGAGGCUUGUCAGUAGUGCCCAUUUAGCUCUCCAUUUAUCCACACUGGCCUAAAUAAGUAGUUCUUUUUUUGAAACAUGACAGGCCCUAAUAUAGAGCCUUGAGGCACUCCACAGUUGCAGAGAAAUGGAAGUGGUACUUUUAAUGCAUGGAUGAUCUUUUAAGGAAAAAUGUUGGAUUAGAUUAGACAACAAAUGAAAACAUGUGAUGAUUGAUAUGAUUUUUGUCAACUUAGUCCAUAAAAUUAGCACAUUUUAUAUAAAUUGGUGACAGAAUAACUGUGAGAAUCCUCCCCAGUGGACACAGUAUUUGUAAAUGGGUGUCACCCUGAACAAUGAACUGCCUUCAAAUGGUCUAACAUUUAGGCUGUAAAAUUACCAUUAAGUUUCCAUCAUUACUAAAGUCGUCAUCACUUUGACUAAUCUGUUAAAACAGAAAGAUGAAACAGUGUUUAUUUCUGCUCUUUGUUCAUCUUUAUUUGCUGCAGGCUUUGUUUUGUCAGCUACAGGAGAUACUGUGCUGCACUCUAAGAAAGCAGACUGCAGCUGUAAUUAAACGCUUGAUGUUAUUUUUUCAGUGUGUAUUGCUCUUCUGAGGUCUCUUCAUAUAAUACCAUUUCACAGAUCACUGAAUACCCCCUCAGGUCUCAGCACUGCUGAGCAAACACAGCCCACCUGCCCUGUGUUAUAUUGACAAACACAUGAAAUUGAGUAUUAAGAGGAAACAGCUUGUGUUUUGUUAUUUUAACACAAAUUUGAUUCUUACUGCGUAGGGUGGAUGUUUGCAACAGAAAGAUACGCAACACUUUCACUUUUUAGAGAUUUGAUAUUAAAAAAGGAAGAACAAUCACAGCCAUUAAGGCAGAAAUUUAUACUGUUGUGGCCAAAAUUAUUAGCCCCCCUAUAAAAAGUUUUUUUUCAAAAAUUUCCCAAGUGCCCUUCAACAGAUUAAUGAUUUUUUUUUACACAGCUUUCCCAAACAUCCUAGUUUGAUUUUGGAUCCUUACAGUAUUGUACUUUGCACACAGAAACAAAAUUAUUUCACAAAACCCCAAAACUACCAGGGUCAAAAUUAUUAGCCCCCUUAAGAGUUGACGUUUUUAUUGAGCCAAAACAAAAACCGCUUUAGUGCAAUUGUGCUUUCACUUUCAAGUGUUCACAGCUUGUAUUCAAUCAAUCAAUUAAGUGAAAACAAAGGGCUGCCCUACACUUUACACAAAGUAUAAAAAAACUUGUUACACGUUUGAGCUGUCACUUGAGAAGGCAUCAUGGCAAAAACAAAAGAAUUAAGUUUAGACUUAAGAAAAAGAAUUGUUGAUGUUUACAAAGCAGGAGAAGGAUAUUAAAAGUUAUCACAGUGUUUCCAAGUGUCAAGAAGUGGAGUGAGAAGUAUCAUCAAGAAAUUCAAGGAGAGCCACACAGCACAGAACAAGUCUGGGAGAGGUAGGAAGCAAAACAUUUCAAAGAGACUGUUAAAAAAAACUGGUGAGAGAUGUGUCUAAACACCCUAGAACAACUACCAAAACAGUAGUUGCUGACUUAACCAAGUCAGGAAUUGUGGUGUCAAACAAGACAGUCUCUAGAGCCCUGUACAGAAAUGGACUGGAAGGAUGCCGGCCAAGAAAAACUCCACUUCUAAGAAAAAAGACACCUUCAAGCCAGACUGAGGUAUACUAAGGACAAUCUGGAGAAAGAUUGUUCAAACUGGAGACGUGUUCUUUGGUCAGAUGAGACCAAACUAGAGCUCUUUAGUCACAGAGACAUUGCUUAUGUUUGGAGAAAGAAGGGCGAGGCGUAUAACCCCAAGAACACUGUCCCACUGUGGGGAUGUUUAAGCGCAUCUGCAACUGUGAAUCUUGUAGAGGUUGAAGGAAUGACAAAGAAAGAAGGAUAUGUAAAGAUUUUGAAAGAAAACAUCAAGCAGUCAGCAGCAAAACUGGGUCUGGGCUGUCGCUUUGUCUUUCAACAUGACGACCCAAAACAUACAGUGCUCCUGGUGAGGAGCUGCCUCCAGGAAACCAAACUGAACGUUAUUGACUGGCCUGCACAAAGCCCUGACUUAAAUCCUAUUGAAAAUAUGUGGGCCGCAUUGAAGACCAGGGUCCAUGCUAGAAGACCAUCAAAUCUGGAGGAGCUUGAAAGAUUUGCCAAAGAGGACUGGGCUGGGAUUCCUCUGGAGAUUUGCCAGAGCCUUGUUACAAACUACUGCAUGCUAUUAUCCAGCAAAAAGGACAAACAAUUGACUAUUAGCCUCAGGGGGGCUAAUAAUUUUAACCCUGGUCGUUUUUGGUUUUUGUGAAAUAAUUUAAUUUCUGUGUGCAAAGUAAAAUAAUGUAAGGAUCCAAAAAAAAAAAAAAAAAAAACUAGGAUGUUUGGAAGGCUGUGUAAAAAAUCAUGAAUCUGUUGAACAGCACUUGGAAAAUUUUGGAAAAAAAACUCAAAAUUUCAAAGGGGGGCUAAUAAUUUUAGCCACAACUGUAUAUAGACUUUGGAUAUUUCUCUUAUAUUUCUUUUGGAAUAUUUGGAAUAUAUCUUCAGGGAAUGUUGGAUUUUCUAUUAUAUUUGCCAAGGUAUUUUUCAGACAUCAAUUUUAUCUUUUUUUUUGAAAAUUUGCACAUGCUUUUGGACAUUUUUUGGGCAUCAUACCCUUUUUCCUGUCCUUUUAAUAUUGCAUCCCUACUAGUGUAGUUAUUGAUGCUGCUUAAAGCUAGCAAGCUAAAGCCGCAGUUAGCAUUUUGCUUAUUAUGCUGAGUCAUUAUGAACUGACUAAAUUUUAAGAUAAUUUUAUUUCUUAAAAAAAUAACAGAAAAUAAACUCUGUGUAAAAACUAGUUUAAAAAACAUUUUUGUUGAAACCUAGUUGAGCUUGCAGCCCAGAUGCUAGCUUGUUUGCCUCUUUUUAAGCUAACAAAUCACAUCCUCACUGACUACAAAACUAGUCUUUAUUCUGGUAAUAUUUAGAGUGUGUUUUUGCCACUCCAGCUUGUCUUUAUUUGGUGUAUGUCCUCGUGCCACUGAGUUUAUUUUGUUCAGACUGUUAAUCAGUUUCAUCUGCAUGACAACAUUUGGACAUUAUGUUGCCCUAAGGCUUCACAGCUGUACAGCAUUUUGUGUAUGUAUGGAAGCUGUUUUUCUCUGUGUGUUGUAUGUUCAUAUACUGUGUGUGUGUGUGUGUGUGUGUGUGUGUGUGUGUGUUGGGGGAGUGGUCCCUCUCAUGUCCCAAUGGUACAAUUGAACAAAAUCUGUUUUCCACUCGGCCGCCUCUAUUCAGCUCACACAUCCCAUAAGACGCCUGUGUGCAUGUGUGUGUGUAUAUAAAUGUGCGUGUGUGUGUCUGUGUGAGAUAAAGGCUAAUCAUGAAACACUUGCAAUCUCCGAUCUGAAGUGUGUGACAGUAAGUGUGUGUGUGUGUGGUUAUCUCAAGUGAGGCCAAAUUAGUUUUUUUCCACCUCAUUAGCCACAUCAUCGCAGCUCUCGCUCACUGCCUCACUGCACAUGGAAAGAACAGCAACCUGAGUGUGUGUAUGUGUGUGUGUUUGUUGGAUGAAAAUGGAGAAGUCAGCAUUUUGUUUUCUUCUCAUGUCAAAAAUUCAGCUCAUUGUGUUUAUUGUGUUGGAGGAAAAGCAUUUAAGAUACCAACAAAACAUGUCUGAGUUGUAUUUAUGUAGCUUGAUAAACAAAGUAAAUCAUAGAUAAGUCAGUCACUACACAGUAACUUUGAGUUACUGAAUUUGAAUGGCUCAGAGAGCAAACUGAAUGCAUUUAUUAAGGUUAAAAUAGACUGAUUAACUUAUGAAGGUGAUUAUGAAGGUGAUGGCUGAUAAGUCAUUAGUAGAAAAAAAAGAAAAAAGCACACAGUAGCCUGUGAAGGAUGUUAAAAAUCAAAAGGAGAUGAGCGCGGGAAUAGGACAUCUGCCAAACUGAAGAAAACAGACAGAAAGUAACCACAAACCAGAACACGGUAUGGGUUUUGGCAGCGUCACAGAACUGAUUAAAUUAGAAGAAAAGGCAAAUUAAAAAGUUAUUGGACCUCAUACAAGUGCUGCUGUUUCCUGCAUUUGUAAAAACAUUAAAUAAUUGCUAAUAAGUGUGUUAGAAUGAGCCUGGGCAUCCUGGUUAUCCCACUUUUAGAUAUGGUGUUUACAUGAACACUGAAACCUGAUUACUAAUACCCUGGCAUACAUGAUAAGUUCUUGUAUCCCUGUUUCUGAUUACUGCAGAGACUGGAGCAUAAGCAGCUCAGGCACUUGUGUUUUUCCUGUUGUCUGUUUUCACGUUGCCACCAACAAACUGCCUAUGCAUGUGUUGCAUGUUUCAAUAUAGUAAAGGGUACAGUUGGGUGAGUAUAUGACUGAAUUAUCUUAUACGGUUUAACAGCAAUGUGUAACAAUAUGUAGGUGCAUUGAAAAUAGUAAAAAUGAAGGUAAAGGGUUAUUACAGGGUCACCUUUUGUAUCCCUGCAGCUCUUUUCCAGACUCCAAAGAACAGUAUCCAGACUUCCCUUUCAAGAAUGGAGGAGUUGCUGGAGCCAUUGAGCUGAAACGACCCGUUGGCGCCCACUGCCACGGUAUCAAAGCCGUGACGUGUGAGGACAGCGUGGAUAAACUGUUGGCCAAGAAGAAACUGUACAUCGCUUCAGCUGUGUGCCUCGUCUUCAUGAUCGGAGAGGUGAUAGGUGAGAGUUUAGGGGCUCAAAACUCAGCUGUAGAAGAAAAACAGACAUUCAGAAAACAAACCUUUGUGUCUUCUCAAAAAACUUUUAGCACAAUACUUUAAAAAAAAUAAUAAAUAGCUGAUUCUACAUGCUGCAUCUCUCCGGGGAGGUUGUUCAAAAGUGGAGGGGUCCUGGUGGAAAUAGUAUGAUCUACCUAGGAUUUGAGCCUCAACUUUUGAAUGACCAGAAGGAUCCCAGUCUGCGAAAAUACCUGAAUGAUCAAGGAUCAAGGAUAUCUUUAUUAAUGAUCUUUGAUCCUUGAAAGAUGUCAGCAUUUCUAAAAAGUAGCUUAGUGCAAGAUCAAGCUUUAAAAGGGAUCUGUAAAAUGUUGAACCCAGUUCUCAAACACAGAGGGCUAAGAGAUUAUUUGAUUUAAAGAAAAAAAAACCUUAAAAAAAAAAGUUCAUGAUUCAGUUGGGAUCUUUCAGCAGUUUUUCAGUUCCCUGUAAAGUUUUAUCAGCACUGACAGCUUGUCCCCGCUGAAAUCGAGUAGAGCAACAGCCAAUCUGUCCACCAUCACUGGGUUGUCAGAGAAAGCUUUGGGACUGUCAGGAAGGCUGGUACCACAGACAGGAGUGAUGGAGGCUUAAUGUGUCUGGAUUUACACCAUCUGGCCUCACCCCCUCACAGUCCUCGAGGUCCGCUGAUUGGCUGCUUCUAAGACUAAAGCUGAAAACCAGCAGUGGCUGCAGAGAUGGUUGUUAUGCAAAUCAGAAUUCAUCCUGAUGGAAAAUGGAGUGGUCCUGCUCACCCUGUCAUGAUUAAAAUUUGCAUAACCACUUAUAAUAUUCUCUACAGCAGGACUUCAAUCAGGCAUUAGAGGGAAAUGUUUGUAGGAAGUUCUUUUAUAAGAUAUUAUACUGCUCUCAGAUUUAAAUUUCAUCUAUAUCUGGGUGAAAAGAUGUGUAUAUUGUCAGUAUCUGCAUUGGUGAUAGCUCUGAUAUCUGAUAACAGUAAAUUUUUCUCUGAAACAAAGACCACAGCUGAAAACUUUUUACUGCUGAGACUAUAAAACAGUGGCUCACAUUCAUUGGCCAAAUGCCUGGAUGUUUAUGAUGAUAUUAAAGAAUAAUGCCCUUCUUUUCUCUGAGGCAUUACACUAAAAAAAGAGCCUCUAGUAUUUAAUGCAGACCACGAUGGCUGCAUUAAAUCACAGGUUUUAUAAACCUUUAAAUGGCUACAGAAAGUGUAAUCAAAGGUUGCGAUUGAUCAGUUGGAGACACAUUGCUAAUCAGCAACUUUUUAAAGACAGUUUUUAAAGACAGUUUCACAAAACUACAUCUCAGUCGUACUUUCAAAUCUUUCGUGUAACUUCUUUCAAAGUUCACAUCAAAGUGUAACAGCCGUUUAAAAACUAUCAUGUAUUUUAUGGUUUCUCUGCAGGAGGCUACCUGGCUCACAGCCUGGCCAUUAUGACAGAUGCAGCCCACCUCCUGACAGAUUUUGGCAGCAUGAUGGUGAGCCUGUUCUCACUGUGGAUCUCCUCCAGACCGCCCACCAAAACCAUGAACUAUGGCUGGCACAGAUCAGGUCAGGACUUAUGAGUGGAAGGAUGGAGUGAGGUGAAGAUGAGAAGAUGCACGAAUGUCUGCGGGAUGUUAAGAUUUAAAAUCAGAUCUUAAGAGCUGGUGUUAUGUUUGAUAUUUUAAGAAAAAAUAAGUUAAAAGUUUGGGAAAUGCAGGCGCAGGUUCAAAUGAAGAGGUCAGCCUGUGUUGGAGUUGCUCAGAAAGUCUCAGAAGACUUUGUCAGAGCCACACUUGAUUAGCCAAAUUCACCAUCACACCUUAUGGGUGCAGCUUUCUCUGUCCAUCAACUUAAUUACUUCUUCUAACUUGUGGUGUCCCUCAAGGGUCUGUUUUGGGCCCGACCCUGUUUUCUCUUUAUAAGCUGCGCUUGAGUUUAUUUUCCUUCAAUACAAUAUUUAUUUUCACAUCUUUGCUGAUGAUCUGCAUUACUUUUAAAAAUGAAAAGUAUGGGCUAACUAAAGUGGAGGCUGAGCCCUCACAUUGGUUGGCCUUCACCUGUGGAACAGCAGACCGCUGUGAAUAAAAUCCACCCUCCAUAUUGUUUUAAAUCAGUUUUGAAGACUCAUCUCUUUUCUUUUGCCUUCUCCUCAAGAUGAGAUCAUUAUUAUACUGAAAAGUUUAACUUAUUUAAAAAAAACAAAAAAACAUUUGUACAUGACAUGAUGCUGUAGGAAUAAAUUUGACCUAACUUUAAAUCGAGAAAUGGGACUUUGUUGCAUGGCAGCAGUGGAAGAGGCUUCGAGGCCUCUCGGUAGCUAAAAUGAAGGGUUCAGGACAGUGAAUGCAACAUUUUUGAGUUGCAUUUUUUUUUUUCGAGGCAUUAUAAACCACUAUAUAUAUAUAUAAUGACUUUCUUUGGCUUUUUGAAAACCUGCAUCCUGAUGGAAAAAGUUAAGACAAGCUGAGGCUAGUCUGAGCGAUGUCUUCUGAUGUCUAACUCCACGUCCUGCUGUGAUUCUCAGAUGGCUGGCUGCUGUUUUGGGUAUGAUAAAUGGUCUAACCAUGUUAAAGUGAUUAUGAUUCCCCCCUCUCUCUCUUCAGAGAUCCUCGGGGCGUUCAUCUCAGUCAUCUCCAUCUGGAUUGUGACAGGCGCUCUGGUCUAUUUAGCCAUUGAGAGGAUUGUACGCAACGACUAUGAGAUUGAUGGUCAUGUAAUGUUAGUCACCUCCGGGUGUGCCGUCAUCGUCAAUAUAAUGUGAGUGCUGCUCAGCAUAAUGGCUGUUAAUGUGCUACAUUACUGUAUGCCAGUGUGAUAAGAGUAACAAAUGACAUUGUGUGAGGAGGAGAAUUUCAUGUGGCACGGUGGUAGUUUUAUUGUCUCAGGAAGGCUCCAGAGACGACAGUCACAAUCUGCUUGGUGCUUCUCUGCAGUAUGGCCUACAUCCUCCAUCACUCCACCACUUUCCACGCCCAUGGUAGCGGCUACCACCAGAUAGACGAGGAUGGCCGCAGUCCCGUCUCUCACGGCCACUCCCAUUCGCUCCUCGGUGGCCAUGGCAACACAAGCGUCCGAGCUGCAUUCAUCCACGUGGUUGGGGAUCUGCUGCAGAGCGUCGGCGUCAUGGUGGCCGCGACAAUCAUCUACUUUCGGGUCAGAUAUAGAUCACAUUCAUGUUAGGGUGAGACCAAAAUGUUGGUUGACAUGAAUUUAAGGUCAUGUUUGAGCAGAUUUGUUAUGGUUUAAAUGCAGCUGUAAAAGCUCCUCUGUAAAAACUGCUGAAACUGAAGAUGUUUCAAUAUUUAAAUAGUUUCAGGAGCGAAAAGAUUUGGAGUGGUUUGUUGUAAUUAAGGUUGAGGAGAAGCAGACUAUCCAUAUUGAAUUAUUCUUAAAGUCUAAAAUACUUCUGCCAUAUUGCAAGGUGUUGUCUUUGUUUUGGCCUUGAGUUUUUUAAUAUCCUCUGACACCAUCUGACACCCUUGGGCUCCCUCUCUGAAGUUCCUUUUCUCUUUUUCAGCCAGAGUAUAAAGUUGCAGAUCCAAUCUGUACGUUCCUGUUCUCCGUCUUCGUCCUUUGUACCACAGUCACCAUCCUCAGAGACGUCUUUAGGAUACUCUUAGAAGGUAUUUAACCACACUUGCACUCUGGAAAGCUUAAAGUUUUCCCUGUCAGACGGGAAUGUGGAAGUAUUUCUUUAUAAUUGCACAUCAUUGGUUGUAUUUAUGGCAAACACUCAGUUAUUUCAUGUCUGCAGCCAGCCAUGAUCAGGCCAUCAAGUCUCCUAAUGAUCUGACAACUUCUGUGUCACAUGACUCUCAGAGCUGUCGUGUUCUUUGACCUCAUGAGUCGAUCCAAAACAUAUUCUCAGUGUGAUGAAGGCCGUCAUGCUUUGGUUGAUUUAAUCUUUAAAGAUGGUUUUAGACAGAAGCUGUCAAAUUUCAUACACAAGCCUCACGGCGUGGAGCCCAGACUGGCAUGAGGAUUUUCUCUCAGCUCUCAGAUCAGACUGCUGUGGUGACACUGAGUUGGUGACAACUCAGUUGGCUGUUCUAUCUCUGAACUGGAAUAAGGUCUUCAGAAAGGAACAGAUGGUCAGAUCCUGAGGCGUUUUUAAGACCAAUCAUGCACACGACAUAUGUGUAAUAUAUUCAACCAAAGAUGUCUGCUUUAACAGGAACAUGUAGAAAAAGAACAUACAUGGUACAGAGUGUCUGCUACUUUAGGGCAUGGUCUUCUCAGAUUUUUAGGUGCAUUGGCAGGGAAUUAAAUAAGGCUGAACUGAAAUACUUUUUGAACAACAUAGACUGCUUAAAGCUUCUGUUAAGAACUUUUCUUUUCCUCCCUGUUGUCUUCAAACAGUGGAUUAAAACACUGACUGUAUUCGGCCUGGAAAUUUUUAAAAAGUCUAUUUCUACAGCCCGCUGAUGAUCAUCAGGUCUGAAAUCCACUUCCUCACAGCGACUUCAGUUCAGACAUCCAAAAACUACCACAGUCAAACGUAGGCUUACAAAACGACAUGGUGUUCCUCAAGGCUCCAACCUGGAGCCACUUACAAUUCGACACCAUAUUAAAAUAAUAGCCUCAGUCAUUUUUUGACUAAAAUGAGUUUUUGGCCUAAAUCAGCUCUUGAGAUAAUUUCGAGAUGAUUUAGGUCAAAAACUAAUUUUUGUCAAAAAAUGACUGAGGCCAUUAUUUUAAUAGGGUGAUGAAUUAUUUUUUACAUGCUCCCUCCCAUUCAAAAACAAAAAAGAAAAAAACAUAAUGUCUAUUUCUAGAAUCAUAUCAAGGGCAUGUUGAUUUAUGAGAAUAUUAAAUAAAUGUACAAUUUUGUGUAGUUGAACAAAAAAAAAAUCUGCAGUUUACCUUCAAGUAAAACCUCCUGAUUGUGCCAUAACUCGAUUAAAACUGUUUGUUGUCAGCUGUUUGUUGCCUUUAAACAUGAUCAUAAUAUUUUUUUGUCAUGCUAUUACGUUUUUCCAAAUGCUUUAAAAACUUUUUCUUAGAGUUGAAAUCAGAGACAAAUAUUUCCACUAGCUUAGCAACACACGUCCACAAACUUAGCUUGUUACACAUGAACAAUAAGAAACUUAUAGGUUGUUAUUAGAAAAAUUUUGAUGUUCAUAAGCACAUUAUAGGGUCUUAUAAACUUUCCUUUAAUGCUUAUUACAAGAACUUAUAGGAUGCAAAACCAGAGUCCUACAAAAAAGCAUCACAUACUAACUGUACAGCGUUUUAAUCAGCAGUGUGUUGUUUUUCAGGGUCUCCUAAAGGAAUAGAGUUUAACUCGGUGAAGGAGGUGCUGCUGUCGGUGAAGGCCGUGAAGUCAAUGCACUGUCUGCACCUUUGGGCUCUGACUCUGGGUCAGGCCCUGGUCUCUGUUCACCUGGCCAUAGGUAAUGCAAAAUACACAAAUCUAUAACCUACACUAACUCAUGAGGCCUGGGAAGCUAAAAAAAACAGUUGAGUAGUUGAUCAGUGCAACAUUUUCCUUUUUAGCAAAUAAAGGUUUGAGGAAUUGGGGAUGUGUACUUGAAGAGUUUUUUGUAGAGACAAAAAUUUAUCCUGCUCUCAAACGUCAAUAGUGAUGGAUUUACAAGGAAAUGCAACUCCAGAGAGCUGUGUCAUAUUUCUUCUUAAGCUUUGAUAUAAUAGAGUGGAGAAUCAAAACAAUGCAGGAAAGCAGAACCGACAACAUACUCACCUCGCUGUUUUCUUUUGUCUCAUCAGAGGAGGGUGCUGACGCUCAGUUGGUGCUGCAGGAGGCCACCGAUCUGCUCAACACAAAGUUUGGUUUCUACAGUGUCACCAUCCAGGUGGAGCUUUAUUCUGAAGACAUGAGUCACUGCUCCAACUGCCAGGACCCCUGUGACUGAUACUGAGACUGGACCCAACCAGACUGGACCCAACAGAACGUGGAACAGGACUCAGGCACAUUUUCAUUCUCUCUGGGUGAGCUGUACUCAUGACACAGCUUCCUCUCAAAGUCAAUUUUGGUUGCUAGUUUGCUGAGUUUGCCAACAUAUCAAGAAAUUUCUGCAGUGAAGUCAUCCAUGUGUUGAUGGUAGCGUGGUCAUGCUGGAGCUCUAAGCUAACAUGGAAGAUAUCAAGUACUGUAAGGAUGAUGCGAUGGAGUGGCCGAGGAGGGUCAAAGCCACCCCUUAGUUUGGGUUGGCCACCCUAAAAUCCUUUACUAAGAUUGGCUAAUGUCACAGUCUAACUUGCAUCCUAAAUCCCAUCUAAACCAUUAGUUCCCUUUCUUUUGGCAGGACAAGAGUCGUCUGUUUACCGUCUUUACUCUCGUUUUUUUAAUGAAGGGAGAAGUUCUUUUUCUGCUUCUUUUGUUGACAGCCUGCAGCUUUUAGGUCCUUCUAUUUUCACCAUCCUGCUGUAUAGCAAAAAGUAUCAGGUGCUUCACAGCCUUGUUGUCAUGUGCAUGCAUGAGCAACCAUACCAGGCUGCGGUCCAUCUUUUUAACCGUGCAAGGACCAAGGAACAGUCCUGUCCUAUGAUGGAUUUUAGGGGUCAAACAUGCCUGUAUGUGGUACAGAUUGCCCAGCAUGAGUGCGCCCUUUAACAUAACGAAUGUUUAAUGUCACCACGGAAACUGCUCCUAUUCAUUGAGUUUAUUAAAUUGCUGAUUCAACCACUUGAAUCAAAGCAUCCUGGGGUAUUUGAUGUCUUGGACCAAGCUAGCAGCACUAAUUUUUAAAACACUUUUACCCCUUGUUUUUCCCACCACUAUCAGUUGAUUUGUGGUCUCUAAAACACGUGAGGAGCUGGGUGAAAUGAUCAACACACCUUCAUUCGUGCAAAACAAGUGACAAAAGGUACGGCAAACAACAGUUUAGACAUACAGGUUGUCCUUGGUUUAAAGCUGUUAGUGUGGAGUACCAGAUGUAAAGUUUCACCAUCAACACAUGGAUGAAUCUGGUGUCUGUUUAUACAACACUUACCUUUCCAAACAGCAGAUUUUAUCGGACUCUCACUCUCCAGCUCAUUCAGUAUGUUUACAUGCACAGUUAAGUAAAGUUACAGCUCGAUUAGGCAAUUUCACUGCACUCCUGUCCUUGUCCAAAGUGAGUACAUCUCGAUAGAUGGCAUUAGAUGGCCCUAAUUCAGCUCCGUACUGCUUGGCUAUCUCCCAGUUGGUCUGUUACCAAAACAGCUGAUAAGAGGCGAAUGGAAUGUGGGUCAAAUGAUGAAAACAAAAACUUUAUAUCUAUCUUUGGUAAAUAAAGUACACAUACUGGGUUUCAACUCUGUUUUUAAAACCUGCCCACACUAAAGUUUAAGCACCUAAAGUUCUCUACUUUCUGAUACAAAUGUCUCUGAAGUCUGUUAUAAAUACUAGCUCUGCUGGUUGUUGCCUUUAAAAAAAUCACAGACAAGUUUUUAAGGACUUUUAAUCCAAGAAAUUGGUCGAUAUCUGAAUAAACAUUUUGCAAAAGUGUUUAAAAAAAGGUACGAUAAGGAUUGUAAGAUUAAUCAUUUACAGACUUUCUUUCUUUUUUAACACCUCCAGUGGGCCUUCAAUGGCAGGUCUAGAUAACUGGUAGUCAUAAUGUCUGCAUCUUUUUCAUGGUCUUAUAGCCUUCAUCAUCCUGUCCUAAAUGGUUCUUUAUCACCCCCUUUCAACAUUUUAUGUACUGUACUUCAUCCCGCUCAAGUGUCUGUCUUAAAUCUAGUACUUCAGCUCAUUUUGGACUCAGCCAAGAUCUCUGCGUUUUCAUGCCAAAGAUGAAGGUUCGUCUCUGGAGAUCUGGUGAUUUAUGUUUCUGAAGACACCAACUGCUUCAAAUCUGAACACCUUCAGGGCUUUUUACAGAGGAAGUCCUUAUGACAGUUGUGUUGUGAUGUAGACAUUGUUGGAGUUGCACAAAAAGUUCACUCUGUAUUGUCUUCAGAGCAGUUAAUCUAUGAGCGGAGGCUGUAUUGAUUGAGCAGAGAGAAAACGAGCAAGUGUCAGACUGAAAAAAGAUUCAGCCGUUUUCAGAGCAGACUUUCAGGUCUGAGGGAAGAAACGAUUUAGUCCGGCAGCUUUGCGCUGUGAUCCAUCUCCCCAAACUGUCUUUUUUCCUGCAGCUUAAGUGUUACCAGACAACUGAAUGACACUUUAGUACCCCGUCUGUACACAGAAACUCAGCAGCUGAAUCAGUUUAGGCAGAGGAUGAGGGACUCUGUGAUGCUACUUGGUGUACUGAUCACAGGGCCAACGCCACGUAGGGCUAAAUGCACAAGCUUCAGCAUAUGUACGAGACUACAUGACUUCCAGCUCAGACUCCCUUUCCCAGGUCUGCAAAAUAAGCUUGCCAUUUCUUGAUUUAUGUUAUAUUUACCUCUUUCUGUUGGGGCUGUAAUUUUUUUAUUAUCAAAAAUUACAUUUAUUUUAGCAUUUUUGACUUCAGUAAAAGAAUACAGCGAUGAAUUCCUCCAAAAAUGACAAGCGUGUGCCGCGAUCGAAGCUGUCCCAAGCAGAGAGUCAUCACAUCUUAAUUUGAGAACCUUGUGAAAGUAUUUUGGGUCUUAUAUCACAGACAGUCCCACAAUGCUUAUGCUUCAAUGACAACAAGAGUUUAACAAUAAUUUAUUGAAUUUUUCUUUUUUAAUGUUUAGUGUAUGUGCAGGGGUUCAGCAUGCCAUGUUUGAUAUUCUUGCGCUUGAUUUUUAAAAAAAGAGUCAGCCCUAGUUUCUAAUGAGUUUUGUAAAUAGUGAGUCAUACAGAAACUUAUUUGCAAUUGACGAGCCUCAAGUUUGCCAAAAUGGCACCAUGAUGCCGAUUUGAGCAUAGAUAUAAUAUACAAAGACACCUAACUACGUGCUGAAGCGUAACCCAGUAUCGCUGCCAUAUUGGAUUGGUCUUCUCAGUCUUGGUUCGCACUAGAGCCAAAUGGAGUCAAAGGAGAACGAGCAGCUAUGCCCGUAUUUGUGUACUCUAAGGUGGCAAAAACCAACACAGUUUUGAAACCAGAUUGCAUAGGAUUACAUUUCACAAGUAAGACUAAAAAAUUAUUUGGGUUAUUUUUAAUGUGUGAUAGCAUCUCGUAUCAUAGCUACAUCUCUGCCGUUUGUAACAAACCAAACCGUGUGACAAUUAGGUAAAAAAUUGGGGGGCGUUAUGAUUAAUGUUAGGCAUUCCUUCCUUCCUCUUUAGAAAUAAAUGCACUGGGGCCGCAUUGGGGACCCAUCCAAGAUGGUGGCCACGCUACUACUUGAACUCCAAUAGGCAGCAUCUGUCUAUGAGGCGUACAUAUAUAAUGUUAAUGUAUUUAACAGUGAAAGUAAAAAGUCAAGCCUUGUCAGGCCCAUCCUCGAGGUCAACUUUAUCAUUCCAGGUGCAUUUCAAGGAAUCAGAAAAUCCAAACUAAGAUCCACUUUUAUGUCACAUAUCCAGCAGAUUUGUCCCUCAAGCUUGAAACAUCGACCUGACACCGAUAAGUGAAUGACAAGCAUUCACAUUUGUGUUAAAUUAAAUACUCCUAAUUGUCCUAAUUGACAUUCCUAGUUGAAAAUAUGAAUCCUGCCUCUGAUUUUUUUUGAUGUUCCUGUUGAUUAUUCUUGUAUUCAUGAAAUAUCCAGUUUCUGUGCAGUUUGAUCACACUGUCGGAGUCGAAUCAACACCAGCCGGUAAAGGAAAAAAAGUGUGACUAAUCUCUGUUUGAAGGGAAGCAAGUGCUCUUAAGCAAAGUAGCUUAAUGUGAUAGCAGAGAUGCUCUGGAGAAAACCUUUUUUUUUUGUACAAAUUUCAUCUCCUGUGAAGUUGGAACAAGUUUGAUUUUGAAGCAGAUUUGGGUUGAUGGUGGUGCUAGUGGGAUGAUUAUCAAAUCGCAGACAUCAGGAUUUCUAGGGACCACAAAUAUUCAGAUUGUUUCACUCAGCUUUGGGUAGUUUUUCUCAUUACAAAUCAACAUUGUGCAUCAAAAAGAAAAGCCAAUAAGCCUGUUGACAUGCCUGUAAUGUACUGCAGCUACUGUAAGUCUGUGAGUGUGGAUGUUUUCAGCUACUCUUAAAGAACGGCAAAUUUGUGCAUCGUAAACGCCAAAUGACAUCCAUCCUGGUCCAAAUACUUGCAUGGUUGUUAGGUGUUGUUCACAUCAUGUACAGUAAGAAGUUCCUUGUUCAACUGCCAAGUAAUUGUUGAUGUUCUACCAUGCGGAGGAUGAAUCAAAGAUUUGUUCUGUAAAAUUCUAUAUUUUCACCACUUUAUAAGGAGAUCCUGUACAUUUAAGUACAUCUUUCUUUUUAAAAUAUUACAGCUUUGAAAACAAAGUGAAUGUAAAGACCAAUGCAUUUUACUGGACUAGUUUUUAUACAAACACAUGUACACACACACAGGGUGCAGUUUAAACCGGAACCAAAGUUUCUUUACCGUCCAAAAAAACGUCGAUUAAUUUCCAGGAAACACUGUUUUCUUUUUGGUCACUAUGGAGGUGUUAUGUUGGAGAAUGCUCUGUGUUGUGCUGUUGGUGUCUGUGACAGUUUUACUUUGUGUGACUUUUGUAAAUAUGUCAAAUAUUGUGUAUUUUCUGUGUAUGAUUUGUGUGUACAUGUGUAAAUACUAAUAUGAUUUAUCUCACUUGUACAAUCUAUUAAGAGUCCUAUUUGUCUAUGUGUUCUGGUAAUGUCGCAUAAAUCCACAUGUCACAUCUGUGGUGUUUGAUAUUUCAUUUUUAAGCGUGGGAAGAGCUUUUUCUUUCUUUCUUUCUGUAAAGUGGAAUAAAAGAGCGCAGAAGA